AUGUCAGAGAAAUCAGAUUUACAAGAAUUGUCAGCGAACGCUUCUCUACCCUCACUUCCUAACGUUUUUCUGUCAUUUCAACCGCAACCUUCUUCUUUACAUAACACUUAUGAAGAAAUAGCAGAUAUUUCACCAUAUUGUCCCCCAAAUCUCAAACCACCACAUUAUCAACAAGGUGGUGACCAAUACUGGAGAGGGGAUUCCAUGGGAGUGGACAAAAGCAGAGAGGUGGAUGGAACGAUUAUAAUAAUAGAAACUCACCAAUGGUAA